CGCCUUCAGCCUUUUCAUGAGCGGUGAGAAACAACCCGCCAAGCUCGCAUAUUUCGUGAUCUACAACCCGACUUUGGGGCCCGGCCAUUACACAGAAGACGAUGACGAGCUCGAGCAAUCACAUAUUUUAUUCUACUUUUCCCAUUCUCAAGCUGUCUCGAGGGAUACCAUGCUCCGCCAGGUUGGCUUGGCUAAGGCGUUGGUGAAUUUCUCCAUUCUCUUCACAAAAGAACACCUCGUCGAUAGUGUACAUUCCCAUCAAAGACGAAUGGUGAUGAUAUCGCCUGAACCUCACUAUUGGAUUCACGCGUGUAUUGACCUUGCUCGCGCCUCAAGACCACCCCCCAAAGCUAAGGAGAAGGGAACGGAGGCAGGCACAGAGCUUCCAGAAGCAUUUGAUUAUUCCGAGCACCAUAUUCAUGACAUAGUCCUUCGAGAAUACCUUCAACGAUCAUAUGAUGAGUUCAGACUACUGCACGGAACACUCGAGGAAACACUUCAGCAGCACGGGAAGGGUACUCUUGAGAAGAUUCUAGAACAAUUUUACAAUAUUUGGAUAUCAACAUGGGAUGUGUCUGCGCCUCGCAGUCUUCCUCUGCACAUGGGGAUCCCGUUGCAUCCUCGACAUGGACGGGUGGCCGCACAAAUACAGAAGUUAGUAGACAUUCUGCCGCCUACAUCGAAUCCAUUCAUAUUGGACAACCCGUCAUCGUCAUUACUGGCCGUACCUCCCCAAGGGUCAUAUCCAGCAUCACUUCCUCGGUAUCUAAGGUAUCACAUGUCUUCUUCAGAUGACCAUACAACACGGAAGCGUGUCCUGGAGUCUGCACUAUCUUCCGUCUUGGAUUCAACCCAAGACCAGACAGCGACAGCCCCUGACCAUCAAAGCGCCGCGGCCUUGGCACCCGGUCCGCUAUCCGUGUCAAGAAGCUUGGCGGCACCAUUGGCCAACGCUUUCGUCUCUACGUCGAAUGCGGCAGUCACAGCUGGAACUACCCUCAUCUCGCCAUUCCAGAGCAUGCCACGUCUCACUAAUCCGAAGAAAUGGUGGCCUGGGUAUCUCACAAUAAAACGCCCAAUAAGUGAACCUAAGGAGGCUCAGGAUACCUCGGCUACUGACACUAACAAGGGUUCCACGGAGGCCCUCGGUGUCGUUAGGUCCGGGAUUGGGGCGGAGCGGCCCAGUGAUCGAUUAACUCAUCCUAGUACGGAUGCUGAGGCUCCCCCCCACACUAUUGACCAGAUCUCACUCGAAGAGGCUAUGAGCCCACUUGGUGGAAGUGGGAUUUGGGAGCACUCUGCGCUUCCGCCAUCCCCCCCUCCCCCACCUUCCUUCUCGGAGUUACGCGUGCAUCUUCCCGUGGAAAUCGACGGGCAUACGACAGAGCAACGGAAGUUGUUGCACCUCACUAACUACGGGAUAACUCUUGCGGUUUUAUUGGAUCCCCGGUCAGAAACUGACCUGCAGGCUAUACGAGGCGAAUCAACAGGAUAUUAUGAUUCUUUUGAAGACACGAUUGCUGAAACGAUGCGUGAUAUUCGGGCGGAACUGGAUCAGUUAACAACAGAUGUGCCAUUAUGCAAGCCUUCAUUAACCUCUAGCACCACAGCGCCAUCCCAAUUCGUAAUAUAUGAUUCAGACAGCAAGGCGACACUCGUCUAUAAGGAUUCAUAUUUCGGAGACGGAAAUCAAGUUCUGUUUGGGACACAAGAUACAUUCGAGAGGCAAUAUGACCCGCUCGAGAUUAUUGAGUCCACCACCAGGUCCACUUCCAACCAUUGGUACGCUUCGCGAAUGGGCCGGCCCAAUCCGAGGGGCAUGAGUGGCAUCAUUGAGAUGAAACCUGGCUCCAUUGUUCAUCUGGAUGUUGGGAACACUCAAAGUUCCUUAGUGGACGUUGAUGCGGAGUUGGGAAUUCUCGUGAGGAAGAUGGCAGAAAAACAACUACUAGAUCCAUGAAGGAGUGGCAUUGAAACAGCAUAGUACACUUCUACUUCACUAACCCUUGACUAGGAUUGGGGCCGUACGGGCGGGCUAUAUGCGUCGCUUCCCAGUGCCUGAACCCGGCCCACGCCUGUCACUAGAUAUACGCCCACACGGGUCCGUUGAGCAGGUUGUUAAAGCCUCCUUGCCGCAGCCCAUAGUUAAAGUAAGAUUCCCCCGUUGCUCGUGAGCAGGAUCCAGAUGGGAAAUUGAAAGGACGCUUCGAG